AGGGCGGGGGAAGCGCAUACCAUAGGCAAACCUGCUUGUCAAUGCUCACAUGACUCGGACAACAUUGGCAAAAGCCGUUUGUGGGCAGUAGAAGCGAGCAGAGACAGGGAGGGUCACAGACACCGAGAAUAAUAGAUUAUUUAGGACUGAGCAGCUUCUCGAGGCUACAUCCGCUGAAAGCAGUUACAGGCUCAAGUUGUUUUUGGUUUUGUUCCGUUGGAGGUUUAAAGCUCGGUUAAAACAAACAAAGCAAAAACACAACUCGGUUGAGCGCACAUGUUCUGUCUUUACUCUGCUCUCCGAGUGUAGAGAGGGUCAGAGUCCGGAUCUCUUCAUCUCCAUCGGAAGCGGCCGAGUUCUGCACGUCAGUCUGCCGCCGCCAUCUCAGUGAGUCUGGAAGCUCCGCCCUUCUUCUUCCUCCUCAUCUACACCAAAGCGAACGGCACGGAAUUACUGAAUCCUGAAGUGAAGCAGCUCCAUCACACACCUGCCUGCUGAUCAUCAGACGUUACAGCUGUUCAUUAUAGAGAAGGAAAAGCAGAGACAGAGGAUAAGAUGCCAGGGGGUUGCUACAGUGCUGCAAACAAUGAUGAUGGUAAAACAGCAGGAGGAGGCACGGCAUGGAACAGGUGGUCCAAACUGAUUGCAGUGUGUCUGGUGGUGCUGUGUGUUGUCCUGCUGAUUGUCGUCAUAGUGCUGUCGAACCACCCGAGUAUGGCUAGUGAACAGUUUCAGAGGGAGAAAGAACAGUUUCAGAGGGAGAAAGAACCGUUUCAGAGGGAGAAAGAACAGUUUCAGAGGGAGAAAGACCAGUUUCAGACGGAGAGAGACCAGUUUCAGAGGGAGAGAGCUGAACUGCAGAGGUUUUUAAAACUUGGAUGGAUUUAUUUCAGCUCCAGUGUUUACAUCAUCAUUAAUGAGCAGAAGAGCUGGAGUGAGAGCAGACAGAAUUGCAGAGAGAGAGGGGCAGACCUGGUGAUUAUAACCAGCACAGAAGAACAGGAAUUCGUCACUAAACUGCUGGGUGAGGGCAGAAGAGCUUGGAUUGGUCUGAGUGGCAGAGGCACAGAGAACAAGUGGAAGUGGGUGGACGAUACACCACUGGGCACUGUGUUCUGGGCAAGUGGAGAACCAAACAGUGCUGCAGGACCUGAGAAUUGUGUUAUAACUGGUGAUGCCACUGAUCCUAAGAAGAACUGGGCUGAUGAUCCCUGUAAUAGACAGUAUAAUUGGAUCUGUGAGAAGAAAAUCUUUAACUGAACUGCUGUGUGUGAAUGAAAAGCAGUAAAUUGAAUGUACAUGUGUAUCUGUGUGUGUGUGAGUGUGUUGUGUCUGUAAAAUCCUCAUUACUGUUAAUAACUCUGUAACCA